CCUUUCUUUUGAAAAAGGAAAAAAAACAAAAAAAGAAAACCCUAGUCGCACGAGCAGAAGGUCCUCUUUCAGAGUAGGGGUUCGGCAGCCACCAGAAAAAGGAAGAUCUUUUUUCUUCUCCAACCAAAAAAGGAACCUCUCUUCGGCCCCCUUUGACUCCCAUUUCACCUCCAUCUUUGCCGAUUAUCAUUCUCAUCACCAUCAUCAAUCACCAAACAGCCACAAUAGAAAAAAUGGAGGGCUUCUUUUCGGGAAUCGGUUCUGCUCCUUCUCUCGGGUCCCAUUCUUUGCUCAUCCGUUCCUCAUACUCUGUUAGCUCCGUUCUUGAACUGAUGGCCUGACAUCCAGUAAAGAAGAGGAAGCUUCGCAGAAGGAGGGCUUGAAGGAAGACUAAAAAAGGGGAAAGGAGCCGCCACAAAAGAAAAGAAGGGAAGAUUUGGUUUUCUUUUUUUGGGCUCUACCGAUUUGGUGGUCUGGAUAGCUGUUAGGACUGUUCCCGGGGGAAUCUUCUGUGUGAUUGGUAUAUUUGGCCGCUCAGAUGUGAAAACCGGAGGGAAACGGGAUCUGUUAGUGGCUUCCGAUUGCUGAGAAAGUAAGGAGGGGGGCAGUCCAAUUGCAACCAUUGUUUGUUGUAAAUUUGUUCACUAGUCAAGUGCACAUAUUGAACUCCAAAUGGCGGUCAGGUCGCCUGAAGAUUGUUGUGAGCAUAUCCAUUUUAUCGGCAACCAUAUGAUACCAUGCACUGAUCCUGAUAUGGACUUGAGUUGUCCAGUUACCCAGUUGUCGAAUAUUAAUAAGGUCACUGUUUUAGCACAAGAGAGGCUGUUAUCUUCGAUGUUAGAAUUUGCACUUCCAUGGAAACAUUUCAAUGAGAGGACAUCUGUAUUGACUGUCCAACAUAUUCUCUUCACGUUUGAGGCAUGGUAUGAUCAUUUACUCAAAGUGUAUCCAAUUAAAGGACGGCAAUGUAUCUCUUGGAUCUCUUUUCACAAGCCUCGUUUGUAUCCUCUUCUGAGGUUGUGCACAAAAUGGCUGAAGUGUGCCAUUGAACAUGAAAUGUGCCAUGGAGAUCUUAUGAAAUAUAUCUAUUUCAAAACUGAUUUUGAGCCACAACUUUUGAUUCGAAGAGGUUUUGAUAAAAAAAAUUUUGAUAAAAAAAAAUCUGGCAAGGGCUGUGAUUCAUGUAGAAGAGAUUUAGCAACUAUCAGGCACUUUUUGUUUGUGAUUGUUAAUAGGAGGCCACCAGAGCAGUUACAGAAGGUUGACCAAUUGGAUUACCGUAAAUUCGAGGACGAUGUGCCACAAUAUUUGAUUGAUUUUAUUGGGCUGUUGGGUACCUUUGAUGUGCAAAAUAACAAGUACAAUGUGGAUGUUGUUUUUAACCCAUCUUUUUUGUGGAGCAUUGAGAAGAAGUUCAAGCAUCUAGAGGAAGCAUAUAACUUUUUCAUUAAAGAAUUAAAACAUUCUCAAAUGAAUGACCAUGAGUGGUGGCGGCUAUGGCAUGAGGAUUUUGAAAAACUUCCUAAGGAUCAUGCUUUGAAGAAAAAAUUAAAGCCAGCAGGCCCACAACUAAAAUCAAUCUUUCGGUCACGCCAAACAGCAUCCGGGUAUUCGGUUGCAAACUACGCAAACAAUGAAGACUUGUUGCGUCUAUUUCGUGAUGCCAGGUGUCAUGUUACUGAAUGGUUUCCUGGACUUAGAGGGACUAUAGAUGUUGUUUUGGAGGAGUUUGAGGAUAAAUUCAAUAUUCUUUCGAGACUCUCUCAAACAUGUAACAAAUACGCAAUGGGUUUGCAGGGCAAAAAAUUGCGCGACUUCCUUAAAAGGUUGGGAUAUAUUACUGGAGAGACACCAUAAGAUAUUAUCAGGCACACUCUUGAUUUUUCUGUGGUUUUUCAUUCCGGAGGAUCUCUGUUGGCAGAUUGUGGAUAAUGAUUUUACAAUAGCUAGUACAAUGUAAUCUGCUAUUUAGUUGCUUUACCCUUCUGACCUUUUUGCUUCAUCCUGUAGUGUAAUUGUGCGUGUAACUUCUCCCCUAUGAAACGAGCUUUAUGGUAGGAUCCUGAUCUUACGUAGGCAAUGAAUAUCUUGAGUUUUCAAACAACUGAAGUUUGUAGCCAGUGUUUUUGGGCCCGCCCGAUGGUUGACC